AUGAGGAGAGGAUUCUCUCGAUCGAGUAUUUCGAAAAUUAAACAUCAUCAACAUGCUGCCCGAGCUUCGAGAACACUCCUGUGUGCGAAUACUUCUUCUUCAAUAGGUUCUACCUUUUUUUCCUCCCAACAACUUUUACUUGUGCAGCAGAUCAGUAAGCAAUGCCCGAUUGCGAGAUCGUUUUUUGAUCUUUCCGAAGAGGAGUUACGGAAUGUGAAAGGAAAAGAUAAAAAGAAAACAGGUGCAACAACAACAUCUGCUGCUGCCACCUCUGAAAAGAGCUCAUUGGCAUCUUCUUCUUCGCUGUCAUCAUCCAUAGGAUCUGCAACCCUAUCCACUACCAAAUCCACCACUACCACCACUACCACCACUACCCCCAACUCCAUCACCACUACAUUCAACAAUUCGACGACGGAGGCAGCUUCCUCUGGCGCAUCCUCCAAAGCAUCAUCAUCAUCAUUAGAUUCUCAUCCUGUCAACCCCAUUACCAAAGAAUCCAAAGAAGAAUCAUUCACCUCCUUCAAAUCACCUCCCAAACCCUCCGCUCCACUCACAGGACAAUGUCUCAAUUACAAAAUUCUUCACCAAGAGGAUCCUGCAUCAGAAAUUGUCUAUGAUGGAAGAAGUGCCGAAGUUCAAUGCAUGAUGGAUAUAUUUUCCAAACACGAAGGUUACAAUAAUGUCAUGCUCGUAGGAGAACACGGAGUUGGAAGAGAUUCCAUUGUGCAUGCAUUUGUUCAAACCAUUGAACGAGAAAGUGCCUAUGGCUCUCUUCCUUCUCGAUUGAAAAAUCUUAAAGUGGUGGAAUUGAACGUGGAAAAUCUCUAUGGAUGCAAUUCGACCAAUAAUGUGAGCGUUGCAUUCAUGAAUACAUUGGAAAAACUCGGAGUGUAUGAUCCUUACGGAUGGGAAAUACCACCUCAUCCAUCCAAAGCGACCCUCAAGGAAAAAGCAACUUAUUUAUUUGGAUCUCAAUCCGUCACUCAUUCCAAAACAUUUGUAGAGAAUGCAUUCAAUGACAGACUUAAAACAUUGAGAGAAUAUGCAUCACGUGAAAAAAGUCAUGGUUCUGAGAGGAAGAUUCUCUUCAUUCCUGGCCUUUUCAAAAUGGUCGAUGAUUACUCGUACAAAUUCUACGACAGCAUUUCCUCGGUGUUACAUCCUCUCCUAGAAACUAAAAAAGUGCAAUUGAUUGGAUGCAUGACUCCAUCUGAAUUUGCCAUGUUCAAAAACUCUCCCCUCUAUCCCUUUUUCCAAAUCAUUGAGGUGAAAGAGACCAAUUGGUCGGACACUCUGAAAAUUCUUGAAAAGAGAAAAGAUUCAAUUGAGACUUGGCAUGGAGUGAUUAUACCAAGUGAACUCAUUGAAGAAGCAGUGAGACUCGCCGAUCGAUAUUUACCAACCAAGAAUAAUCCUUCCAAGUGCAUUAGCAUUAUCGAUGAAGUGGCUGCACUUGCAGAACGAAGAGCUGGUGCAAUGCCGCAAGAAAUUUUGGAUCUCGAAGCCAGAAUUAAAAUCCUAAAUAUUGAAAUGGAUAAGAACAAUAACACACAAAAGCAAGAUCUUGCAAAAACGGUGCAAGCACUGAAAACAGAAUGGUCUACUCGCAACGAAACAUGGACUGCAGAAUUGAAUGCCUUUUUGAAAUACAAGAAAAACAAACUCGAUAUUCAUCACCUUAAACAAGAACUCAAACAAUGCAUACAAUUAAUUGACUCAUCUGAAUCUUUGUAUGCAAAGCGAGCUGCAGCCAUUAUUCAGGAAGAUCUUCCUGCUCUCAAGAAAGAAAUUAGCAAUUUUAAAGAAUCACUGAAAAAGAAUGUCUAUGUGAAUAUUACUGCCUCCUUAGAAGAUUUGGCAACUGUUGUGUCAAGAAUGGCUGGAAUCAAACCGAGCGAUAUCUAUUUCUCUUCCCAAUCCAAUGCUUCUCUCAUUAACUUGGAGAGUGAAAUUGAAAAGACCAUUGUUGGUCAAAGUGAAGCCAUUCAAACCAUUGCUCAAUCCAUUCGAGUGGCAAGAUCUGGAUUAAGGGAAGAGAACAAGCCUCAAGGUGCAUAUUUGUUGGUAGGACGAAGUGGAACCGGAAAGACAGAGCUAGCCAAGCAGACGGCCAAAGUUCUCUAUGGUAGUGAAGAGUUUAUUACAGUGAUUGACAUGACCAAAUACAAUACUCAAUGGUCCAUUACAGGAUUAAUAGGAGUCACACCAGGCUACAUUGGUUUUGAAACAGGUGGUGAAUUAACAAAUGCAGUGAAAAGAAAUCCUCAUCAAGUGAUUGUUCUCGAUGAAAUUGAGAAGGCUCAUCCAUCCAUUUGGAAUGUUCUUCUUCCUAUUUUCGAGGAAGCCAUGUGCAUGGACAAUAAUGGAAAACGUAUUUCUUUCAAACACACUACAAUUAUUUUGACAUCCAAUGUCGGAACCAAACGACUACAGGAGGAACGAGAGGACGACAAGGACUUGACAAGACAAGAAAUUAUUAUGGAAGAGGUGAAGCAUACAUUUGCUCCAGAAUUUUUAAAUCGUUUGGAUGAAAUUGUCGUGUUCAAUGAUUUGACAAUGACUCAUUUGGAUACAAUUUUAACAUUACAACUUCGGCAAUUGGAAGAACGACUCUCAAAAAAGAAACCCAUUACAAUUACUUUGACUCCAGAAGCAAGACAAUUCCUUUUGUAUCAAUCAUUUGACAUUCAAUAUGGAGCUAGACCAAUCAAACGUAAUAUUCAAACAUUUAUUUCGUCACCAUUAGCUAAAAUGAUCUUUGAAGGAAAAUUAGAUCAGUGCUGUAAUGUGUUAGUGAGUAUAGAACAAAAGAAGAAUCUUUCCUUCACCAUUCAAGUCAAUGAAGAAAAAGAGACAGAAUAUAGAUCUAAACAAAAUAAGACCGAAUUGGAUGAAUUGAUUGAACUUGAAUAUCAUUACGACAAUGCCUUAAAGAAAGUCUCCCUAAAUAAUACUGAAAAUCAAUCCUCAAAUUGUCAUGUUCAGUAA